CUGUGAACUAAAAAUUACGGCAAUCAAAACAAAAGGAUAUAUCCGAAUUCAACUUGAUGAAAGUUUCCAUUAUGCCACUACGCAUUGCUUUCCCAUUCCUCUUGGUGUUGAGUAUUUCGAAGUAUUUGGUUGAAUCGUAUGAUUUGGUCUCGGCAGCUUCAGAUGGGGGCGAUGCAAUUACAGCACAAGGUCCAAUGAGGAACGUAAUCACUAUCGCUAGCAUUAACUACGGCGUACCGAUGAAGCAAGAUUUAAUUCAUAGCGGUGAAAGUAGGGGCGAAGAAAAGGAAGAUGUGGUGGAUGUUACUACGCAGUACUGGAACGAUGCUCAGGCAAUGGCGGCGACCACGAAUUCCUAUUGCACAGACAAAAACACGUGUAAGACAGUAAUUUGUGUUGGUGGACUCAUCUACGAUCUCCAAGUUGAAUUCGAUUACAUUUUGAAUUGGUGCGGGAGUUUCAAGUUGUCCACGUUAACAAUACGAAAUUGCCAGCUCGAUACGAUCGCCGAUAAUGCUUUUAACUACAAAACGCUGAAUAAAUUGACGAAUUUAACAUUUGUGGAUGUGCAAUUGAAAUCUUUGAACGCGCAAACGUUUCUUGGUUUGGAAGCUGUGGAAAAUUUCCAACUGUUCAAUGCGCUCAAGCAGGUAACUCUGCCUUUGAACGCUAGUAAUUUCUUGCAACCAAUGGCUACGAGUCUCAGCAAUUUAGUGUUGCAACAAACAGAGAAAUCAUGUUGUUCCAAUGCCAUCUAUGAUCCCACUGAGUGGUUGGGACGUAACAGCGCCACCGUCUACAAUAAACUAACGUAUGUCGACUUGAGCGGCACGAAGUUUAACGACACCCUUAACGAUGUGUAUAAGAGACAGGCCAAUACCGUAUGUGCAACACCAACAGAUUUAGCAGGCACACAAAUCCGUUUUGCGCAGCUAAGGUGCCAUGACACAACCACGCUUACAACCAUUAUGACGAACUUAACUACUAUAGGAGUCACUACAACUAUAGCUAUGGAAACGAAAACAACAAUGGUCACAACCACAGAUUACACCACAAGGGAACCGACAGGACCUAUAAGUCAAGAAAAUUCAAUUUCUUCCACAAAUACAAUCGCUAACUCAACGUCUUCUACAACUAUAAGCGCCGAUUCAACCUUUCCGACUUCAAGCUCUAUCACAAGUAUAUCACCGACAACUACUGUUGAUAGAACUGAGGAAACCACAGAGUCUAACGCAGAAGCUCCAUCAACAUUUUCCAUGACUACGAACAAAAACGCAAUGUCGACUUCAUCCUCUGGCACAAGUAUAACGCCGACCACUUUAGAUUCCAGUAUCAUUAACGCAACAUGGUCUCAUUCACAAACUUCGUCAACGAUUUCUACAACUACAAACGAUAACUCAACCCUCCCGACCUUGUCGACUUCAUCGUCAACCACAAUUAUGAUGCCAACAACUUCAGAUGAUAAGGCUGAGGAAACAACUGUACCGACUUCUUCGGGUGCUGCAAGUAUUCAUCGAUGGUAA